AUGACGGACGCUUGGGCAUUCACGUACCCCUCUCCCUUGGAGGGGUAUGAGAACCUAGAGCCCCUCUCGGACGAGAGAAACGAAGACGGCAAAUCAUUGAAAAACCCUCAACAUGGGGUCUUGAGUAAAGCGUAUGAGGAGUUCCCGGAUCCGUUGGCCAAGGAUAGACGUGGGGGGUUUGAUGUGCAUAUUUAUCAUUUUCAGAAUAACCCCGACCAAGUAGCCUACGCAAAGGCGCUCUGGGAACGAAUCCGACGAGAAUUCCCCGAGCUGCGCAUCUACACGUUCUUCGAUCGACCGAUCGGACCGCAUCCCGUGGCCAUGUUCGAAGUGAACCUGUUCACGCCGGCCCAGUUCGGGGCAUUUGUGCCGUGGUUGAUCCUGAACCGGGGGCCACUGAGUGCGUUGAUCCACCCGAACACGGUGGAAACGGAAGAAGAACGAAAUCAUACACAGAGGGCGACAUGGCUGGGGGAGAGGAUUCCGUUGGAUUUGAGGGUGUUUAAGUUGUUGCAGGAGAGGCAGAGGAAGGAAGCUGAGAAGAAGGAGGUAUAG